UUUGAAAGUAGGGUUACGUGUGGAAUAAAAAGGAAGAGAAAAAGGGAAUUCAUAUCCAGAUCUUUUGCUUACACUAAAGUUUUGAGAUUUUCUCAAAACAUUGUGAAAAAGAGAAACAGAGAGAGACCAUGAAGUUCUUGUUUCAGUGCCCAUGUUGCUCAUGUUUCUGCUUCAUGAAGCCUAAGCAAGGCAAACCAAAGGCAAAGGAGGUCAAGGAGGAGAAGAAGGAGGCUAAGAAAGAAGAGAAGAAGGAAGAAAAGAAGGAAGAAAAAAAGGAAGAGAAGAAAGAGUAAAAUGCAUUUAUUUAUAUAUAUAUAUAUAUAAAACUACAUAGUAAAAGUUAAUCACUUUGGUUUCUUUCUUGCUGUUCUUUCAUGACCUUUCUUUAGUAUGGACUAGCAAAUUGUAAUGUAGUAUCUUGGUCCAACUUCCAAUCCAUGAAUUCUCAUAAAUUGAACAUCUAAUUAUGAAAUUUAUCUACUUUUGAAUGGUACUGUUAAAUGAAAAUGAGUCAAUGGUUCAUGUAAUGAAGCUAUAUAUAUAUAUAAUGUCACCUUUAUGUA